AUGGUGGAUGCGGAAGUUCAGACUGGGGAUGCGGAAGUUCAGACUGGGGAUGGAGAUGGGGAUGGUGAUGGUGCAAGGGUGGGGGUGGAUGAUGGGGCUCAGGCGGAGGAAGACUGGGUGACGUCGUUCGAGAACUUGCGCGCUUGGGCUGAGGGGAAUGGUGAUGCUGAUGAUAUUGCUGAUUGGGAGAUGGUGGAGGAGUGGCCUCUUGGGCCGCCGCCGGUUGACGAAUUCGGCUUCGAGCUUACGAACAAGACGCUGAGCCGGAGAAAGUGA